UGGAACCAAGCUGGUUGCCUGGUAACCUUAAACAUGUGUGAUAUAAUUCAUAAAAUUUUAUUUACAACUUAUGAUUUCUUUAAUGUGUUUUGUCUGAUCAUUUACCCGUUAAUUGUUGAUUUUUAAUUAUUAAUUUUCUCGUUUAAAAUGGGGUUUUCGGUGGCCGAAAAAGCUCUACAUAUUUUGCGCUAUAUGCCAAGAGUUACAGCUAAAAACUCUUUGACGUCUCCAAUUCACCCUCGAAGGAGAAUCUAUCCCAGAGGACAAUAUGCUCGUGGAGGAAGACUUCAUUAUCCAAAUAAACACUAUACACAAUAUCAAUUAUUUCCACCGGCAGGCUUUGUAAAUGAUCCUAAAUCGUCGUCUUUAUGGUUUAUGAAAGUUCCUGUCACUAAUUAUUAUAAAGAUGUAUUACAUCGAAGACAAUACCCACAUUUUUCGCUCUAUUCAAUUCAACUUUCUAUUGAUCUUGGAAAUCUUGACCCUAAUGAACCCAUUGAUCUUACUUCAAUUUGUAGAUGCUCAAAUUUUAGAUUGAAUCCAUCUGAUAAUCAUAAUGGUGUGCAAUUAACCGAUCCUGGUUUAGAUUUAUUCAGCUCUCAGAUUAAUAUUGAGGUUCAAUAUGCAAGUGAACAAGUUAUUGCUGCUAUUGAAAGAAAUGGAGGAGUAAUAACUACAGCUUAUUAUGACAUUGGAAGUGUCAUCGCCUUAACUGAUCCAAAAAAAUUUUUUGCUAAAGGUGAACCUAUUCCAAAAAGAUUGCUCCCGCCUCCUGAUUGUAUCGAUUACUAUAUAAAUCCUAAGAAUCGAGGAUAUCUUGCAGAUCCAGAAGAAAUAGCAAAAGAAAGAUUGAAAUUGGCUCAAAAAUACGGAUAUACUUUACCUGAUUUAACAAAAGAUCCCAAGUUCAAGAUGCUAUCCCUUCGAAAAGAUCCGCGACAAGUUUUCUUCGGAUUAGAACCUGGAUGGGUGGUGAAUUUGAAAGAUAAAGAAAUUCUGAAACCAGUUGAUGUAGCUUGGAAAGAAUUUUAUAACAAUUAGUCAUCAUCUUUACAUAGAAAGCAAACUAUGUCGAUAACUGGGUUAGAUCUCAUCAAUAGGUCGGCAACUUGAUCUUAAUGUCUUCUAUUGUAGUCUGUAAAGAGUUUUGAGCUUCUAUUUGCUGAACAAACAUGAAACCUUCUGGACUCGAUAUAAGUCGCGGAAGUUUGAAACAGAAUGCUGUUUAUUGCCUUUUCGCUAUCGAGGUUUGCAUCGAGAUCAUUUCAGAAUAAACUACCAAGUAUAAAUUGCCUUUUUCUUUGUAAAUUAAAGACUUAAUUAAAGUACACAAAUUUUCAUGCUAAA